UAAAUUAUCAAGAACCUCAAAACCCACAAAAAGAUCAUGACAAGUGGAAAUCAUCCACACCACGAACACUAUGUCCCACCAAAUUCUCCACGCCAGUGCAACAGAAAUCCACCCACUAUAUAUGUACAAACGCUCUAAAAUUUCGGCACUGAUUGUUGAAAGUUGAGAAAAGAGAUGGGGCGGAAAGAAGAAGAGAGGACAGACGGCGGUGUUGUGGUGGUGAAACCAAAUCCCAGAAAAGGUGUCGCUUCCAAGGCCCUGGACUGGUUGGAAUGGGCUUUAGUGAAGCUUUUGCAUGAUCCCAAAAAGCCCCUUCAUUAUCUUUCGGGUAAUUUUGCUCCAGUUGAUGAAACUCCUCCACUACAGGACCUCCCUGUUGUAGGGCACCUCCCGGAGUGUCUGAAUGGCGAGUUUGUGAGGGUGGGUCCUAACCCGAAGUUUGCGCCAGUUGCUGGAUAUCACUGGUUUGAUGGAGAUGGAAUGAUUCAUGGAAUGCGAAUAAAAGAUGGAAAAGCAACAUAUGUUUCUCGCUAUGUGAGGACAUCACGCAUUAAACAAGAAGAGUUUUAUGAAGGAGCCAAGUUUAUGAAGAUUGGAGAUCUGAAAGGGAUGUUUGGAUUAGUCAUGGUAAACAUGCAAAUGCUUAGAGCAAAAUUGAAAGUAUUGGAUAUGUCUUACGGACAUGGAACAGCUAAUACCGCUCUAAUAUAUCACCACGGAAAGCUUUUGGCACUCAAUGAAGCAGAUAAACCAUAUGCAAUAAAAGUUCUGGAAGAUGGAGACCUGCAAACUGUUGGCAUGCUUGACUAUGACAAAAGACUGACACAUUCCUUUACUGCUCAUCCCAAGGUUGACCCAUUCACUGGGGAAAUGUUUACCUUUGGCUAUUCACAAAUGCCACCGUAUAUCACGUACAGGAUUAUAUCAAAGGAUGGGCUGAUGCACGAUCCAGUGCCAAUUACAAUAUCUGAUCCCAUCAUGAUGCAUGAUUUUGCCAUUACUGAAAAUUAUGCAAUUUUUAUGGAUCUCCCUUUAUAUUUCAAGCCAAAGGAAAUGGUGAAGGAAAAGAAGUUCAUAUUUACGUUUGAUGCCACUAAAAAAGCUCGUUUUGGUAUCCUUCCUCGAUAUGCUAAGAACGAGCUCCUAAUCAGAUGGUUUGAGCUUCCAAAUUGCUUCAUAUUCCACAAUGCAAAUGCUUGGGAGGAAGGAGAUGAAGUUGUCCUCAUCACUUGUCGUCUUGAGAAUCUAGAUCUUGACAUGGUUAAUGGCGGUGUCAAAGAAAAGCUCGAGAACUUCACAAAUGAACUAUACGAGAUGAGGUUCAACCUGAAAAAUGGACUCGCUUCACAGAAAAAAUUAUCCACUUCUGCUGUAGAUUUUCCGAGGGUGAAUGAAAAUUACACUGGAAGGAAACAGCAAUAUGUGUAUGGAACGAUAUUGGAUAGUAUCGCUAAGGUAACUGGGAUUAUCAAAUUUGAUUUACAUGUGGAACCAGAGAUUGGAAAAACAAAGCUUGAAGUUUGCGGAAAUGUUAAAGGUAUCUUUGAUUUGGGACCUGGAAGAUUUGGUUCAGAAGCCAUCUUUGUUCCCCGGCAGCCUGGUAUGACUGCUGAAGAAGAUGACGGCUACUUGAUUUUCUUUGUACACGAUGAGAACUCCGGAAAGUCAGCAGUUAAUGUGAUUGAUGCAAAAACGAUGUCACCCAACCCUGUUGCUGUCGUUGAACUGCCCAAGAGAGUUCCAUACGGAUUCCAUGCCUUCUUCGUGACAGAGGAACAACUUCAAGAACAAGCAAAGCUUUGAUUAUAGUAGAAGGUCAAGACAAGUGAGUACAAUAGAUGAAUAAAGGAUUUAUUUCAUAUAUAGAGGGCGUUUGGGAGACAUUUUUACGUAAAAAUACAUUUUUGAAUAGUAAAUUGAUGAAAAAUGCGUGGUUGAAAAAGAAGGAAUUUUUUUUGAUUUACGUGUAUUAUUAUUUUAAUAAAAAAUGUGUGAUUGAAAAGAAGAGAGAGAAAAAUGCAUUUAAAAAAAAAAUGGGUAACAAACGGGAGCCCCUGCGUGUGUAAUUGUACCUUCGCCCGUCGUUCCCCUAAAAAGUUCACAAAAAAGGGGGGUGGGAGGAAAGGAAAGGAGGAGUAAUGUACCUGUGGGAAACACCCUAUAAACUUGUAUAUUUGGCACUGGAUAUUGAUCUAUGGUAUUUAUUUCUAUUUGUUCGUCA